AUGGCGGACGAUAGAAAUGGCGAAACAGUGCUUCAUGUGGUCGUGAAGUGGAGCAAAAAAGAAAACAACAAUAAGUGUAUCGAGAAACUGGUACGAUUAUUUGUGAAGCGUUACCCGGAAUUAAUAGUUCAGGGUCGGCAACAAAACAGUGAGUAUGCGGGGCAGACACCCCUACACAUGGCUAUCUGUAAAGGUAACACCUCUCUGGUAAGGAUCAUGCUGAAGUAUGCAACGAGGGACCGAAACAACGUCAACUUUGAUUGGCAUAUACCUGCUACAGGCACCAUGUUCUGCGGUACUGUUAUGAUGGGAGAGUUGUCCCUUUCUACUGCGGCGCUCACGUAUAACACAGAUGGCAUGACACCUUUAAAAUUAGCGGCUGAAAUGGGACUCUUUCAGAUAUUUAAGGUCAUUAUGAACAUUGAAGGGGUGUACUGUAAAAGAUUCAUCCAUGAUGGUUUGUUCGUAACCAAGGAGUUUGACGUAACAGAAUUUGACAUACCGUCGGCUGAUCAAACCAGGCAACGACCAGAUGAAAACCUCUUGAAAAGAAAACAAAUGACACCCAAAGCCAUGCAAGUCUCGUUCAAGAGGCAGACAUCAAUUUUGUAUCUGUUGAUGGAAUUGAAUCCGAAAUUAGCAUUUCCUUUCAUUUCAUUCCUGCCUGUGAAGACAAUAAUACAGAACAAAUGGGCGUCGUAUAGCACAGUCGUUUGGAUACUUAUGUUCUUUCACCUAUUUUACAUGUGCUUCUUUACCUGGUACGUUAUCGAACGGUCUCAACAACUAUAUAAUUCAAAAAACCAACAAACAUUGAAAUUUGACACCGAUAUGAUACCAGUGUUUAAAAGUGAUAUUCCGUACGAUUUAUUCACAACAACAUACGCCAUUAUAAGUGCAGUGUUUGCAACAGUUUACAUCGCGCAGGAUUUGCUUCGGAUGGUAAAAGGACACAUGCGCUGGACAUCCCGGUCUUUUAAAAAUGCCUACAGCAACGGAUUGUUUCGCGUUGUUAUUUAUGUAUUCUGCGCAUGUCUGCUCAUUGACCUAUUCGCCGCCAUAUGGAGUGACGCGUAUGAAAACUAUUGCCUCAUCGUUGGAAUUAUCGUAGGGUGGUUUUUAACGCUGUUCUUUCUAAGGACGAUAACUAUGUUCAGUCAGUUCUCGCUUCUUAUCCACCAAGUUCUCGCCGGUGAUAUAUUUAGAUUCUCAAUCAUUCUCGCGAUUCUGCUCAUAAGCUUUUCCACCGCAAUGUACAUGUCCAUUCAAGGCUCGAGAGCGAUCGAUGAGGAAGAGUAUAGAGACUACGGACGAUUGAUUUUGUCGAUGUUCAAGGUGACCGUAGGCUUAGGUGGCAUCCCGAACGUUUACGCCACUAAACAUUCUCUUGUGGGCAGUAUUAUAUUUGUGGCUUUUAUUAUUAUGACCGCAGUUCUGAUCAUGAACGCUUUGAUAGCAACAAUGGACCAAACCUCCGCGAAGAUUUUGCAGCAUAACGACGAUGCGCAUUUGCACGAGCGAAGCGUGCUUCUGCAAAGACUGUCCAUGAUAUUAUUUAUAGAAAGCAUAUUACCAACUUCAUGGAUUCAUAGAGCAGGUGAACUGAAUAUACGUAGUAAAGAAUAUAUAGAAACAACAGGUUGUUCAAAGACAAGCGCUUAUUCUCUUGAAAUUACGGCUUUAUCAACACUUCAUUAACAAUGAUGUGUAACAAAUGGGAUGGUUGAUUGCUCUAUUUCAUUUACGAAUUGUUUACUCCUCAUUGAACCGUACCAUUUAAUACACACACAUUUUGUUAUUUUUUCCACAAAGUUUUAUUUGUGCACUGUUCCAAAAAUAUGUUUCUAUCUCUGAUAUUUUGAAACUUUGUAAAUACAUGAUUUUGGUGAAUAGCUAAUACAGAUUUGGAGUUUCUGGAUGGAACAGUGUGUGAGGUCAGUCACUGAUUUAAAUGCGGUGAGAAAA